AUGUCUGCUCCUUACCCCGGCCGCCAAUCUCCCUCUCCGGAGCGUCAAACCGGCGCUCAACAGCAAGAUAUCCCCGGCUCUGGCAAGACCGAUGUUGGCAAACCCCCAGCCCACGAGCAUUCGCAGCAAUCGUCGGAAGACUUUAGGGACAAUGUGUUGAAGAGCAACCCCGAACACCCAUUAGAGAAGAUUGAGGCGGAAAAGUUCGCCAAGGGAAAACAUGAUUGA